CCAUUUUGCCAUUGUAUUUGUGUUACUAGUGUAUUUAUUUCACAAUACUAUUCCUUUUUUUCUUGAACCUUUCUGCUUUUAGCUAUACUGAUUAAAGUUCUUCAGCUUUUUUCAGUAACAAAGACAGUAGUAGUAGUAGUCCCUUCAUCUUCCCCCCUAGCCCCAGUAAAACAAACCACCCCAAGUGAAGUGCUGUUCAGCCUUGGCAAAGGCUGACAAGUUCACAUCCAGGUUUUGGUUUUGAGUUGACUGUCCACAGUCCAAGCCCAGACUGGGCUAGUCAGGCUUACAACAUCAACAACAACAACAAACCCAGUGUAUUCCCCACAUAGUGGGGUCUGAGAGUUUAGAUGGAGCUUGAUCGGAAUAUUGAGCAGCAAGUGCCAGAAGGUAUUCUGAAGGGCAUAAAUUUCAGUAUCUUAACGGAGACUGAUGCGGUCAAAUUGGCAGCUAAGGUAAUUGGAGCAGUUAAUGAAGUAACAGAUCCUGCAUUAGGGUUUCCAAAUCCGAUCUUUCAGUGCUCCACAUGUGGUGCAAGCGAUGGGAAAAAAUGUGAAGGUCAUUUUGGAUUAAUAAAAUUUCCAUAUACAAUUCUGAAUCCGUAUUUCGUAUCGGAGGUUGCUCAGAUCCUGAAGAAAGUAUGUCCAGGAUGUAAAUCUUUGCGUCGUGAUAAGGUCAAGGGUGCUGAUAAGACAUCUGCCUGCAAAUACUGUGAUCAGGGAACUCUAGGUUAUCCUCCAACGAAAUUUAAAGUGUCUCCUAAAGACAUGUUUGGGAAGACUGCCAUUAUCGCUGAAGUGAAUGAAAAUGCGUUAAAGAAGCAACGGGAAAUUACUGGAGUAAGUUUGGCUUCUGACUAUUGGGAUUUCAUUCCACAUGAUGCACAGCAAGAUGCAAGUUUAAGUUCCUCCAAUUACAAAAGAGUUUUAUCACAUGCUCAGGUAUAUAGCAUUCUGAAAGAUGUUGAUCCAGGGUUUCUUGAAGGACUUCUCAAAAGAAAGAAUUCUAUCUUCAUGCAAAACUGUCUUUUGACUCCUAAUUGUCACCGUGUCACAGAAUUUGGACAGCACAUGAUAUUUGAUGAAAGUAAUAGGCUUUACAGAAAGCUGAUUGACUUCAGAGGGACAGCAAAUGACUUGAGCGUGUGUGUUUUCGAUCGAAUUAAAGUUUCCAAGAUACGUGCAGAGAGAUCGAUAAUAAACGAUCCUGCUGCCCCUGCUACUGGUUUGAAGUAUGUGAAAGAGUUGGUUCUGGCAAAACGCACAAAUCAUGCUUUCCGCAUGGUUGUGGUUGGUGAUCCUAACAUAGAGUUAGGUGAAAUUGGUAUUCCAUGUCAUGUUGCAGAGAAUCUCCAUAUGGCCGAACCUCUAAGUUCACGGAAUUGGGAAAAGAUGACUGAUCUCUGUGAUCUUAUGAUUCUUCAGAAGGGAGGGAUUCUCGUCCGUAGAAAGGGUGUCUUAAUUCGUGUUAGUGUAAUGGACCAGUUGCAGAGAGGGGAUGUUAUACAUAGACCUCUUGUUGAUGGAGAUGUUGUGUUGAUAAAUCGACCUCCUUCUAUCCAUCAACAUUCACUAAUUGCUCUGUCUGUUAGGAUUCUUCCAGUAAAUUCUGUUCUUUCAAUCAAUCCUCUUGUCUGUUCUCCAUUCCGUGGGGAUUUUGAUGGCGAUUCCCUUCAUGGUUAUGUUCCCCAAUCAAUCGAUUCUAGGAUUGAGCUUAGUGAGCUUGUUGCUCUGAAUCAGCAGUUAAUUGACGGACAGAAUGGUCAAAAUCUUCUUUCAUUGAGUCAUGAUAGCUUAACUGCUGCUAAUUUAAUUUUGGAGCCUACAGUUUUCUUGGACCGCGUCCAGAUGCAGCAGCUACAAAUGUUUUGUCCUCGUCAGAUGGGUAUGAAUGCUAUCAUAAGAGCACCAUCAGGAAAGAGUUAUUGGACUGGGAAACAAUUAUUCAGCUUGCUUUUGCCAUCAGACCUUGAAUAUGUUUUUCCAUCAAAUGGAGUUUGUAUUAGUGAGGGGGAAAUUUUGACAUCUUCUAGUGGGUCUUCUUGGCUGCGUGAUGCCAGUGAAAAUCUUUUUUAUAGUCUUGUUAAACACCAUGGAGGUGACACUCUUGACCUUCUUUAUGCUGCACAAGCAGUUCUUGGCGAGUGGUUGUCCAUGAGGGGACUUAGUGUUUCACUGUCCGAUCUUUACAUAUCUUCUGAUCUAUUUUCCCGUGAAAAUAUGAUUGAUGAAGUCAUUUCUGGUUUGCAAGAGGCAGAACGACUGUCUUAUAUCCAACUGCUGAUGGUAAAGUAUAAUAAGGAUUUCCUUGCUGGAAACUUAGAAGAAAGCAAGAACUCCAUGGGUUUUGAUUUGGAGUUUAUGUCUAUCAUGCAGCAGAAAUCAGCUUCCCUGAGUCAAGCUUCUGCUACUGCUUUCAAGCAUGUUUUCCGGAAUACCCAGAAUUUGGUGUAUAAUUAUGCAAGCAAUGAUAAUUCAUUUCUGGCUAUGUUAAAAGGUGGCAGUAAGGGCAACCUGCUAAAACUGGUCCAACACAGCAUGUGCCUUGGAUUGCAGCAGUCUCUGGUUCCAUUAUCAUUUAGAAUACCCCGCCAACUUUCUUGUGAUGGAUGGAAUAGUCAUAGAACAAAUCUUGUUUUUGAGAAAGCACAUAAGGUUCCUGAAUGUCCUGGUCCUUACAUUCCGUGUGCCGUGGUUGAAAGUUCUUUUCUUGCGGGUUUGAAUCCUCUUGAGUGUUUUGUGCAUUCAUUAAUUAGCCGUGAUAGUUCUUUUAGUGGACAUGCUGAUGUUUCUGGAACUUUGAACCGCAAGCUUAUGUUUUUCAUGCGUGAUCUGUACGUUGGAUAUGAUGGAACAGUGAGGAAUGCUUAUGGGAAUCAAAUUGUGCAGUUCUCUUACAAUGAAGCGGACCAAAUUUCUUGUACUACGGGCACUGGUGAAACAGUAGAAAGUCAUAACCAUGCUACUCAUGCAAUUGGUGGUCAUCCUGUUGGUUCAUUGGCGGCCUGUGCCAUUUCAGAAGCUGCAUACAGUGCUUUGGAUCAACCUGUCAGUGCACUUGAGUCAUCGCCUUUACUAAACCUGAAGAAAAUAUUAGAAUCUGGAGUAGGGAGUCGUAGUGGCGAGAAAACUGCAUCGCUGUUUCUUUCAGAAAGUCUUGAGAGAUGGGCUCAUGGUUUUGAAUAUGGGGCUUUAGAGGUCAAGGGUCAUCUGGAAAGGCUUCUUCUUUCAGAUGUUGUUUCUACAGUAAUGAUAUGCUACUCCCCCGAAACAUGUAAAAGCCCUCACAGUCCCUGGGUCUGUUAUUUUCAUAUAGAUAAGGAAAAUGUGAAGACGAGAAGGCUGAAAAUGAGAUCAGUUGUAGAUGCUCUUAACAUGAGAUAUAGAGCCGCAAAACCGACAAAACCGAAAGCAGGAACUGACCUUCCUGACCUGCGUAUAACAUGCAAGGAUUGUUCAGUUGCUGAAGGUGGUAAUAAGAAGUCCAAAAUUUGCAUUACAGUUUCCGCUGUUGAGACCUCAAAAAAUUCUCUAUCACUUCGGGAUACACUUCGUGAUUUGGUGAUUCCAUUCCUUCUUCGGACGGUGAUAAAAGGGUUCUCCGCAUUUAAAAAAGUUGAUAUCUUAUGGAGAGAAUUGCCCAGCCCAUUGAAAUCUUCCAGAAGCUCUACUUCUCCCGGGGAACUAUAUUUGCAGGUCUUCAUGUCGGAAAGUUGUGACAGAAUCAAAUUCUGGAAUGCGCUUGUGGAUAGUUGCCUCCAGAUAAGGGAUUUGAUUGAUUGGGAACGCAGUUAUCCUGAUGAUGUCCAUGAUCUGACUGUAGCCUAUGGGCUUGAUGUAGCAUGGGAGUCUUUUCUAUGCAAACUACAUUCAGCGGUGUCUGAAACUGGCAAGAAAAUCCUUCCUGAACAUUUAGUUCUUGUAGCAGAUUGUCUCACAGCUACAGGGGAAUUUGCUCCCUUGAGUGCCAAAGGGUUGUCAAUGCAAAGAAAGGCUGCUGGUGUUGUUUCACCAUUUAUGCAAGCGUGCUUUUCGAAUCCAGGGGAUUCGUUUGUCAGGGCUGCCAAGAUGAGACUGAGUGACGAUCUUCAAGGGAGUUUAGAAUCAUUAGCGUGGGGGAAGACUCCUUCCAUUGGAACGGGUUCGUCGUUUGACCUUAUGUUCUCUGCAAAGGGAUAUCAGCCGGCUAAACCAAUGGAUGUGUAUGCUCGGUUGAGCAGCCAUGUCACAGCGGAUAAGCCAAAGGUGAUGGUGACUCCUGAUGACGAUAUUGAAAUGGAUGGAAAGUCUCUUGCUCGACGUCUUUAUAAGCUUGAUGAUCUCAAUAAAAAGAGUUGUAAAAGCCAGUGGGCAAUUGCAAAGCUGAGAAGUUUGCUUUCAUUCAAUGACAUAAAGAAGCUCUCCCAGUCACUGAAGCAAAUGUUGUCCAAAUAUGCUAUUGAUGGCGAGUUGAGUGAAGCAGACAAGUCCAUAGUGAUGAUGGCAUUACAAUUUCAUCCUCGAAGGAAUGAGAAGAUUGGUACAGGCGCGCAGGAAAUAAAGAUUGGUUACCACAAAGAGUAUGAGGAUUCCCGCUGCUUUAUGUUGGUUCGUCCAGAUGGAACAGUUGAAGACUUCUCGUAUCGCAAGUGUAUGCAACAUGCUCUGGAACUGAUUGCUCCUCAGAAGGCAAAAACCUCUAAAUGGUUGAAUGGAAUUUCAUAAUAAGCUGUUUUGAUUCACUUGGUUACGGGUAUGGUAUGCGUAGUACAUUUGGUGUGUCUCACAUCUGGUGGCACGAGUACGUCAAGACAGAUGACGUACUCAUGUAACAUAGCUGUGUACUAAAUCCGUAAACCGAUUUUAGGUUUGCCCCGUUAUCUUAUGCUUCUUUUUGCUGCUCCCACUAAGGUUUGUUUGCCUUUCAUCGAGUCUAAGGCAAAGGGAAAUUAGUGGGAGUAGCAACGAAAAGCUCUGAGGGGCUUUUAUGCAUUUCUUCUUGUAUUAGUACAAUGUUUUUAUCAAUGAAAACAAUUUGCAGACUUCCUUA